AUGAAAGGUCAUUUCGAACUUUUAGCAAAUGAACUUAUACAUGAAGUAUUUGAUUAUUUAUCCUCUUUUGAUUUAAUUAAAAGUUUCAGUAAAUUAAACAAACGAUUUUCUCAUCUUAUAUCUCAACGUAUAGUAAAAAUUGAUUUAUCACAUUUAUCGAAAAGUCAAUAUGAAAAUUUAACUCAUAUUAUACCAUUAAAUCAAAUAUAUUUUUUAAAAAUUUCAAAUAAAUGGACCAUAAAUAUUCUAUCACGUAUCUUAUUUAAUUUGAUGAAUAAUCUUCAAGUAUUAAUAUUAUAUCAUAUUAAUUAUAAUGAUAUACGAAAUUUAUUUGCGUCAAAAAGUGUGUUUUUAGUUUUUCAACAACUGAAUACAUUAAAAAUUCAAUCAACAAAUUUCAAUGGACUUGAUGGACAAAGAAUAUUUGUAUUAAGAAAAAUAUUUUCUCAAAUGCCAAAAUUACGCGUUUGUCAAAUACCAUUGAUGGAUAUAAAUGAUUUUGAUGAUUUAACACCUACCUCUACAUUGCAACAAUUAAUUCUUGACUAUUGUACGAUGAUUUGUUUAGAUCGAUUAUUAAAUUAUAUUCCAAAUGUUCAAUCAUUAUCUAUUCGUCUAUAUAUUGAUUUACAGAAUUUUUCAAAAGAUUUAUCAAUUACAAAAGUUCACUCAGUAAAAUCAAAUAUUCGUUCAUUAGAAAUAUCAACAAUAAAUAAUAUACCAUUUAAUCAUAUUGAAGAUUUAUUUAAAAAAUCAUUUAGUCAUUUAGAAACUUUAAAGUUUUUUUUCAAAACUGACGCUUUAAGUCAAUCAAGUCUCGAUUAUAUUGAUUCUAAACGAUGGGAAUGUUUACUUCGAUCAAUUUUAUCUUUGCAACAUUUUCAUUUUUGUAUUGAAAUACCUGUAGAAUCAGAAAUAAUAUCGAAUUCAUUUCAAAAAAAUCAAUUUUUUUCUAAACGAAACUGGAAGUUUUCUUCGCAAGUUUAUACAUAUUCAUUUAAUACAAUUUUACGUAUACAUACUGAUCCGUAUCCUAAGCGAUCGCUUGAUAUUAUUCCGUCAAAGUUAUUCGCGGAUAAUAUUAAUAUUAAUAAUAAUAAUGAUGAUGAUGAUAGUAUGUAUUCAAAUGUACGUAAUCUUCGUAUAUUAAUUGAUUCUAUUUCGACAAGUACCCUUAAUAAUUUAUCAACAGUUAUCUAUAAAAAUGUCACGUCAUUAACACUUAUAUCAAAUAGAACAUUCAAUGAGCAAGUAUUUCUUACGUAUUUAUUUUCAAUAAUCAAUCGAGAUAAAAUCAUUUAUUUAAACAUUCAAUUAGAUAAUUGUUCAAAGAAUUUUCUUUUAAAUUUUAUUCAGAAUCUUAAAAAUCUCUCUUCUUUAACAAUAUCAACAUAUCAAAGCUGGCCAAAAUUAAUUCAAUUAACAUCAUAUAUAUCAAAAAGUAAUAUUCGAUUAUUAACUGUUUAUGAAGUACUAAUGGAUUUUAAUCAAUUUGAACUUUUACAUCAAUUAUUUAAUCAACUAGAAACCGUAUCAGUUAAUAUAACAUCAAUUGAAGAUUGUUAUCGAUUAUUGACAUUACUAUUUAUCGGAAAUAAACGAAGACAGGUAGAACGUUUAAGAUCAUUAGCAAUAAAAUGUGAUUUUCAUGAACCGGAUGCAAUAGCAAAUUGGGUACGAUCGAACGUCCUUAGAAAACUAUCAUAUAAAUGUACGACAAGUGCUUUAAUGAUUUGGCUCUGA